CAAACCUACUUCGUUGUAGACACAAACUUCUUCCUUUCCCACUUGGAUAUUGUGAACGACUUGAAAACGCUUGCGGAGAAGUACAGCCAUGUAAUUAUGGUGCCGAAAGUGGUAAUUCUGGAGCUUGAUGGCUUGAAAAAGUCUACCCGAAUGGGUAAAGGUGCUGAUCUUAGCUCUAAACUGGGAAGCAUUCUGAAUACAUCCAUUGGCUACUUGGCCCGCUGGGCAAACAACUGGAUCUACGACAGCAUUGCAGUCAGGCAUCCCGGGGUAUUGGGACAGCAGGUUCGCCAGAGCAUUUCACAGUCCAAUAUGCAACCGGACGAUGCAAUCUUGGACUGUUGCUUGUACUUUCACGAACAUGACGGGCACAGCGCUAUAGUAGUUCUCCUCUCCAACGAUAAGAAUUUGUGCAACAAGGUGCUCGUCGAUGGCAUGCUUACCGUAAGCUACCGACAAGGCAUGACGGCGGAGAAAAUUGCCAAAAUGGCUUACGCAGAGUCACUUUCAAAAAGAAAUGAGACUGUGGAAUACCAAGAGACGGAUAAAGAUAUUGAUGUGGCCAUGGCUGAAGAUAUACAUGAGACAGUGACACCGCCGGUUGGUCAUCCCACAAAGCUGCCACCUCACCUUAUGACUAUCAAGAACUUUGAGGAAGCAACAGCCACGUGUCGUAAUGAGAUCACAACGAUUUUUACCCUGGCUGUUCAUGAGUGUAUGGUGCACGGAUACCAAGAAGACCUCUUCAUGGUGGACUACAACCGACAGAAGGUUCUGAACUUGGAAUCUGGGUGUCGCGUGAUUGGUUCUUUCUGGACAUCGGUCUUUUCCGACUACUUUCCCAGGUCGUCCGAGUUUUGGCCCGUCCGUGAGUUGGGUCGUGGUAAAAUGGCGCCGACCUUAAUGUGUAUGACGCCAACCAGUAAACUGGAGCUCAGAGACUACGUUCGAUAUUGGAGUAAUGUCUUGAAGAGCUUGUACACUAAGAGAGACACCCGCCAGAGAGAAUCUUUGGAGAUGUUGGUAGAUCGCUGGGAA